UGUCGUAACAGGGGCCAAUCAGCACCAUCCAACCAUCCAAUGUACGGAGGCGGAGGAGGAGGAGGAGGCUCAUCCUAAUAUCCCCGGGUGGGUCAACCCGGCCCCAACAUGAUCCCUCCGCCAACCCGCACCUCUUCCCACCACCAGCACCACCACUCCUCCCCUUCUUCUGGAUUGGGCAUUAGGGUUGUCAUCAAACCCCAGUAUCGGAUCACUCCUCCGCCUCAAUUGUCAACACAAAUAGGAGAUAUUCCCCGGAGCAAUUUCCAGUUUGACUUUGAAUUUGAGAGAAAAAUUUUAGCUGAAGCAGAGAAGGACAGCCAGAAUUGGAGCAGGUUUGGGCCGGAAAACCUUCCAUCUAGAAAUACAGAGUCUACAUCUUCAAUGGUAGGCUCAUUUUCUAUAGAGAUUUUUGAAUUUUUCUUUCAAUGCUAUACUAGCUUGUGAUAUUU